AACAAUUAGCAAGUAAGUCCCGCUGCUGCUGCAUAAGCAAGCGGUCGGAGCAACGGAAGUAUAAAAUGGAAGCACGCUGGAGUUUAGAGAAAAGGACAAUCGAGAAAAAGGUCAUCAGAGAAGUGGCCGGAGAAGAAAAAUGGCUAACGGAGGAAGCAAUGGCAGAAAACCUUUGAUUACAGUGUUGUGCAUGGUCGCCGUGUGCAGCGGCGUUCCCAUCAGUGACCUGCUUGACCGAGCCUCUCAGCACUCGGACAAACUGCACUCUCUCAGCACGACGCUCAGCCACGAGCUGGACUCUCAUUUCCCUCCCGUAGGCCGGAUGAUCAUGCCUCGGCCUGCAGUGUGCCACACAUCCUCACUGCAGACACCCAGUGACAAGGAGCAAGCCCUUCAAGUGCCUGAGUCGGAUUUGCUCUCUCUGGCUCGCUCCUUACUCCAAGCCUGGGUAGACCCCCUGGGGGUCCUGUCGUCUUCGGCCUACACCCUGCCUCACCCGUCCCAAAGUAAAAUAAUAAACAAGAUCCAAGAGUUGCAGGAACAUUCCAAGAGCCUGGGAGACGGCCUGAACAUUCUCUCUGGCAAGAUGGACCAGGCGGCUCAGACCAUCUCCUCGCUGCCCUACAGAGGAGGCGGCAAUGACGGACAGGACAAGAUAUCCAGGCUAACCAAGUUCAAUUUCCUCUUGUCCUGCUUCCGCCGCGACUCCCAUAAAAUCGACAGUUUUCUCAAAGUCCUCCGUUGUCGGGCGGCAAAACUGCAACCCCACCUCUGCUAAACACUGCCCAGCUGGAAAUCUUGUCGUCGUGCUUUGUUUUUUGUAUUAUUUGCAAAGCUUUACAUUUUAGGUCGCAUAUUAUUUAAAAAAAACAACAAAACAUUAUUGCAUUACUAUACAUUUAUACAUACAGGUGUGAAGAAUGGGGUG